UGCUGCAGAAAUACCUUUUUUCGAUCAGUGGCAACCCAGGCCUCAGCCUUGUAAUAUGGCCGCUACAGGCAAGAAAUCAAAAAAAGCAAAAUGGGUCAAAGCCAACAUGGGUGUCAUCAUUGCGGAGCCGACGACCAUAAGCACCACAAACACUUGGGCAGACCCUGCAGAUGAGGAAACCGAAAGCUACAGCUACAGUUCACGUUCGCGGGCGCCCGUGGUGUUGCCGUCAGCAUCGCGUGCAGCCCGCGGUGGCAUGGCUGUAGACGAAGAGAGCAUACCAAGACGACCACCAUACAUUGCACACGUCUCCAACCUACCUUAUGAUGUAGAGGAGAGUGCUAUAGCUGACUUGUUCGAAGGCCUUAAGAUCACUAAUCUGAGACUACCUAGAGAGGGUGGUCGGCUAAAAGGCUAUGGCUAUGUGGAUUUUGAAGACAGAGAGAGUCUUGUUAGCGCAAUGAAUAUUGAAGAUCUGACAGUUGGUGGAAGAAGAAUAAGAAUAGAAGUUUCCAACAAUGACAAUGAUCGUCGGAUGGGAAGAAGUGGAAGAUCUGACCGCGACAGGGACUACGACCCGGAACGCACAAUGGGAGACUGGCGGUCGGGGCCGCGAGCUCAGCCCGAGCCCCAGGCCCGCGCACGCCCCAUGGAGCGCGACAGGGAGAGAGACCGCGAAAGAGACUCAAGUGUCGACAACAAGCCGGGCGGUUGGCGUGAUGGCGAGAGACAGGCACCCGCUGAACCUGCAAGGACUUUGUACGGCGGUCGGGAUUCUUACGGCCGCGAUCGUUAUGGCGAGGGUGGUCGCGAUCGCGCGGGCGGCGGCGGUUUCGGUGCUCGGGAGGGAGGCUUCCGAUCCGAUAGAGAAGGAUACGGAAGUCGUGAAAGCAGAGGAUUCGGUGGAAGAGGAUUUGGCGACCGCGAUCGGGAUGCACUUCCUAGAGAAGAAAGCAAACCCCGUGAGCGUCCAAAGUUGAACCUGCUGCCGCGGACAGUACCGAUAGAGUCUGAGGUGCCCACCAAGCCGGCGGACGGCGCGCUGGACGACAAACCGGACAAACCCAAGUCCGUGCCAGCAGAGAAGGUGUUUGGAGCUGCCAAGCCUGUGGAUACUGCUGCUAAAGAGCGUGAGAUUGAAGAACGUCUUCGUAAACAAGAGGAGGAAGCAAGACGUGCUACUGAAGAAAAGGAACGUUGGGGAAGAAGGAAUGACCAUUCCGGUGACCGGCGAGGCGGCGGCAGACGAGAGGACCGCGGAAGAGACUCGCGCAGCUACAACAGGGAUAGACGCGACUAUUCUAAAGACGACAGAGAGCGUCGCGACUACUCCAAGGACGAUAGAGAGAGACGCGAUUAUUCCAAGGAAGGCCGAGACAGGCGCGACUACUCCAAGGACAACAAGGAGCGCCGGGACUCAAGGGAGAGGCGCGACUACUCGAAAGAGGACCGUGACCGUUACGACAGGGACCGGGAAAGAGACACACGUGAUCACAGGGAUGACAACCGGGACUACAACGACCGCGAUCGGCGCGACUACAGCCGCGACAGAGACAAGCGAGACUACUCUGGAGAGCGGGACGACCGUCCCAGGAACGAUAGAGGCAGGGAGAGUUCGCCAGAAGCUCGCAAGGACAGAGACAACGAGGACCGCGAGCGCGAACAGAAUGGCCGCGACAGACAGAGCCGCUCACGCGACAGGCACGAGGACAAAGAGGAAAAACCAUUGCCCAAGCUGAAGGAACAGGAGAAACCGAACUUUGUGGCUUCAAAUAAAUUUAGCUACCUUGAGGAGGCGGAGGACGUCGCAUUGGAAUAACACACGGCGUUGUUCCGCGCCGGCGCGCGAUCCGCUGUGAUUCAGUGUAAAGUGUAAAUUAACGAGUAUCGCGCUAUAUAGUGUCACGGAACUUGCACACGGACAAGCCGACACUGUGCUAUAGGACCCGGUUUAUUAAUUUUAGUGCGGUGUGAUAACGUGUAUAUUGUCGGGUGUAUAUGUUGCCACCGCCUCGAGCCCGCCCCAGUCUUUACGCUGGCUUCUCGCAGAGUGAACUUUGUUACAGUUUGAUGCAAAUAGCCUCAUAGAUUACAACUCAUUUGAAUUUGAUAAAAUAUAUGUGAAUAAUGACAAGAUUUUAAAUAUUAUCGACAAACAAGACUGUAAAAUAUAAUUAUAGCUUUUGGUCUCAAUGAUGUGAUGAAAUAAGCAAUAGAAAGUUUACUCGGAAAGUUGUGUAAAGGCUGGGGCUCUGUUUGUGGACUUGAACGGUGUAAAUUUUUCUAUGGGUUUGUUAAUGUCCUGUGAACGGCUAACAGAAUAUGUGGUCGUUAUAUAAAUGCUGAUAAUUCCUAUGAAUGUUCUCAUACAGGUUUUUGGUAAUGGUGCUGUGUCCUUCCGUCUGUUGUAUGUACCGCUCACAACCUUAAGGUACGAAUAGACUAGGACAGAAUUUGCGAUAUUAAUGUCUGUACUAUUUACUAUUGUACAGAAACAGGAGACACUUGUGUUCAUACAAAUACACUCCAAUGUGUACGAUGUUAGUGUCUUAGUCUGAUUCUACCAUUACUUGUGCUAUUUGUAGACUGCCUCAUUGGACUUGAUACAGCUAAAUUACAAUGCCAUUAUGCAACAAUAGGAAAACCAUUUUUUUUUUAUUUUAGUAUAUGUCUAUUAUAAAGUAUUUAGUCGAUUUAGAUUAUUAUUUAGAAUUUUAAUUGUAUUAUUUAUGUUUAUAUUCAAAAAUUGUUAAACACCAUCUGUUUAUGAAAUUUAUUUUCUAUGAUUGUAAUAAUACUGAGCGGAAAUAGAGGCACCUAAGCGUUACAGGUAGAGGCCUGGUCACAAUAAUUUUUUUGAUUUAAUAAUGUCAAUCAUGACAUUUUUUUUUCUUUGUAUUAUCUCAAA